ACUGUCAACAGCAGAGGAAGCUGUCGUUCCCAGUGUCUUCAUCUGUUCCCACGGAGGACUAACAGUUGAUCUGAAGUGAGGGCUCCCGUACAGCGUACGUCGCCUCCGGUCCAGCCCGUCGGGGUUCCCGGGUCUCUGUCCCGCUGUCAGUCAUGGAUCCGUUUGACAGUAACUUGUCGGCAGAGCGCGCCAACCUUCCGCGGAACAUGAUCGAGAACAGCAUGUUCGAGGAGGAGCCUGAUGUGGUGGACCUGGCCAAGGACUCCGCGGCGUUCCCGGCGUUCCCCACCCUGGACCCAGACGAGGUGGUCUACGAGCCCCGCAGCUCCCGCCUGCUGGUGCGCGGCCUGGGGGAGAACGAUAUGGACGACGACGAGGAGGACAGCGAGUCUUCGGCGCGGCUGCUGGGCAUGUCCUUCAUGAACCGCAGCGCCGCCCACCGCUCUGGCUCCUCCCCCUACGCGCGGCAGGCCCCGCCCAGCUCCUGCUCGAGGCCGUCCACUCGGACCACGGUGGUGUGUGUGCUGUUCCUGGUCAUCGUGGUGUCGAUGAGCAUGGUGCUGUACUUCCUGCCCGGCUGUACCUUCACCAGGACGGGCUGUCCCAAGGGGAACAGCACCGCCCCCAUGGAGCCCGUGUACCCCAACUCCACCACGGGGGAGCCCUUCCCCUGGGCGGAGCUCCGCCUCCCGGCCAGCGUGCGGCCCGUCCACUACGACCUCACCGUGAACCCCGACCUCGACGCCAUGACCUUCACGGGCCGCGCCGUCAUCAGCAUGGCCGUGCUCCACGCCACCAAGCGCAUCGUGCUGCACGCCGCCGACCUCACCGUCACCAAGGCAACCUUCCAGCUGGGCGAGGGCCAGGCCGAGGUCGUGACCCUGCUGGAGUAUAAACCCCACCAGCAGGUGGCAGUCCGGUUCCCUGAGGAGCUGAAGCAGGGACAGCGCUGUGUGCUGACGCUGGACUACCAGGCCAGCCUGUCCAGCACCUACGACGGCUUCUACAACAGCUCCUACACCGACAAGGACGGCAAGAAGAGGGUCCUGGCUGCCACCCAGUUCGAGCCACUGUACGCCAGGAAGGCCUUCCCUUGCUUCGACGAGCCCGCCUUCAAAGCCACCUUCCUGGUCAGGAUCAGUCGCAGGGAUGGCUACGUCGCUCUGUCCAACAUGCCCAAGGCCAAGACCACCAAUAUCACCGGGGGCCUUCUGCUGGACGAGUUUGAGAAGAGCAGCGUGAACAUGAGCACCUACCUGGUGGCCUUCGUGGUGGCCACCUUCCAGAGCGUGAGCAAGAACGUCUCCGACACGCUGGUGUCUGUGUACUCGGUGCCGGAGAAGAAGGACCACACGGUCUACGCCCUGGACACGGCCUGCAAACUUCUGCAGUUCUACAACUCUUACUUUGACAUCGCCUACCCCCUCAAGAAGCUGGACCUGGUGGCCAUCCCCGACUUCCUGGCGGGGGCGAUGGAGAACUGGGGUCUGAUCACCUUCAGGGAGACCAGCCUGCUGGUCAACAACCAGUCCUCCCCCCUACAGAAGCAGCUCAUCGCCUCCGUGGUCGCCCACGAGCUGGCUCACCAGUGGUUCGGUAACCUGGUGACGAUGAGCUGGUGGAACGACCUGUGGCUGAACGAGGGCUUCGCUACCUACAUGCAGUACAUGUCUCUGCAGCACGAGUACCCCCUGCUGGACAUUGGGAACCACUUCCUGACCGUGCGCUUCAGAGCUCUGGACAAAGACGCGCUGAACUCGUCCCACGCCGUCUCAGCGAGGGCGGACACGCCAGAGCAGGUGGCCGAGAUGUUUGACUCGGUCUCCUACGAGAAGGGUGCCUCCAUCCUGCUGAUGCUCAACGCCUCCCUGAGCGGGGACCUCUUCAGGAAGGGCAUCGUGGGCUACCUCAGGAAGUUCAGCGGCUCCAACACGGUCACAGACGACCUGUGGAACAGCAUUGCACAGGCCGACGUCACCCAGCAGCACCCCAACAUCCCCGGCAUGAUGAACACCUGGACCCAGCAGAAGGGCUUCCCAUUGGUCAGCGUCAGCCGGGACGGAGAUCAGGUGACCCUCACUCAGGAGCCCUUCCUGCUCAGCACCGACGCGACCGAGAGCGCACCCAGCCGCUGGCACAUCCCUGUGACCUAUGUGACGGCCGGCUGCAGCCUGACCCCGGACUGCGUCCGGGUGUUCACCCUGGAGGACCGAAACGCCACCCUGAAGCUGUCUAAGGAUGUGAAGUGGCUGAAGCUGAACUUCCAGAGCACCGGGUUCUACAUGGUGGACUACGGCACGGCGGGCUGGGCGGCCCUCAUCGAGGCCCUGACCGAAAACUGCACCGUCCUGCCCCGAGAGGACCGCGCCUCCCUCAUACACAACAUGUUUGCUCUGUCCAGGCUGGGACGCGUGUCGUUCCGGCAGGUUCUCAACCUGCUGGCGUACGUGGUGAACGAGACGGAGGCGGCGCCGGUGAGCGAGGCGCUGGCCCAGCUCAACACGCUGCACCUGCAGCUGGAGAAGAGGAACGAGCUGGACCUGGCCGCCCACCUCAAGUCCUACAUCCUGGAGCGGUUCGAGGCCCUGAUGAUGAAUCAGACCUGGGGGGAGGAGCCGUGUGUCUCCAAACAGGAGCUGCGGGAGGCGCUGCUCCAGACGGCGUGCGCUCUUGACGUUCCCGACUGCCUCCAGAAGGCCUCCGACCUCUACAGACAGUACGCCAACGGCAGCGCCAGGGUCCCCGGGGACCUGCAGAGGGUGGUGUUCUCCGUGGCCGCCCGCUCUGAGGACGGCUGGGCGGAGCUGAUGCAGACCUACGCCCAGUCCAGCGACGACGCCCAGAAGAGGAAGAUCCUGCAAGCCCUAGCCUCCACCCGCGACACUCGCCACAUCGCCCGCAUCCUGAUCGAGGGUCUGCGGGGGGAGCUGGUCCAGACCACGGAGCUGCCUCUGAUCAUCAGCGCUGUCAGCGGGGGCUUCGCCGGCUCCCUGCUGGCCUGGGACUUCACUCAGCAGAACUGGGACGCCCUCAUCAAGAAGUUUCCUGUGGGCUCCUUUGCCAUCCAGAGCAUCAUCAUGUCCACCACCUCCCACUUCUCCACACAGACGCACCUCGACCAGGUGAGGAACUUCCUGGGCUCCCUGAAGAAGCGCGGCUCUCAGAUGCGCAGCGUCCAAGUCGCCGUGGAAACCAUCAUGUUGAACCAGCGCUGGAUGGACGCCAACCUCCCGGACCUCCGACACUGGCUCUAACCCCCCCGGCCCCGCCCACACUUGGCCCCGCCUUCGCAGGCCCCGCCCUAAACUCCAGACACUGGCAGUAUAGCUCCUUGAUAACGAGGAACCACAGAAGCCAAAGCUUGCUCUCACUGUGUGUGUGUGUGUGUGUGUGUGUGUGUGUGUGUGUGUGUGUGUGUGUGUGUGUGUGUGUGUGUGUGUGUGUGUGUGUGUGUGUGUGUGUGUGUGUGUGUGUGUGUGUGUGUGGGGGUCCUCUUGCUCAGGAUGGCUCCUACGGCCUCGUUCCCAGACGUGACCCCCCCCCCCUCCCACCUUUUUAGCACUGUCGACGACCAAAACCCCUGUUGUCAUGGUUACACCAUUGCCCCACACCCCCAAAGCUCCAGCGGUCAUGGUUCCUCCGUGACAACCAUAAAGCCUCCAGACAGACAGACAGACGGAGUCCGGGUCCGGGGGCGUGGCCUCUGAGGUCCCCCACAUGAAGGACGUCUGAAGCUGAAGGCCUG